AUGAAAUUGUUACACUUGGAAGAGGAGUUCAAUAUAUCGGUAGAGACAUUCUUUACAUUCUUUUUUGAAAAUCCUGGAUUCAAAUUAAGAUAUCAUACAACUAGAGGUGAUAAUACAAUCGAUGUAAAACCGUGGUCACCUCUACCAGAUGGAAGAUACACAAGAGAGAUCACCUUUUCUUCAUUCAUUUCAAAUAAUUCACUCAUCAAGAAAUUGGUCGGUGACAAAGCAAAAGUUAGAGAAGUACAAUAUUAUAGAUUUAAAGAUGACAGCGUUUUAAAUGUUUUAUCAGAAACGUUCUUUGAGGGUUCAUCUAUUGGAAAGAGUUUUUCUUCGGUAUCGGAAUGGAAUGUUACACCAUCUAGCAAUAUGUCACCAGGUUGCAAUGUAGUGAUCGAUGUAAAGAACAACUACGAUGGUACAAUGUUUAAGAGUGCACUUGAAAGCUGGGUGCAUGACACCACGGAAGCAUCGUUCAAACACUGGCUGAGUCUAGUUCGUUCGCAAGUAGAAGAGUAUGAACAAAGUGAGAAACUAAAGAGAUCCGCACCACCUACACCUGUCAAAUCACAACAACAACAACAACAUCAGCAUCAACAACUACAGCAACAACAACAAGGUGUCGUAUCAAAGAGAUCAACAACUACAACUACAACAACAACUACAACCUCCAGUCAUAUGAAUGGUAAUCAUUCGAGUCACAAUCAUAGUAAUCAUAGUCAUAGCAAUGGUAUUAACAAAUCAAAUGGUAGACAUAGUAAUAAUAGACAUUCCUCGUCGUCUGUGAUGGAGAGCGAUGAUGAAUCGAUCGAUGACCACUCUCACAAUCUUGACGAGAAUCACUCAAGAGUCAGAGAGAACGAUCGCAACAACAAUAUAUUGCAGUCACUCCAACAACACCAACAUCAACAGCAACAUCAAAUGGAAGAGGAUUUCGAAGACGAUAUGUCAGAUCUUUCGGGCGGACCUCCUUCUAUUCACGAUGACUUUACCUCGGACGAGGAAGACAAUCGUUCGAGCUCCGAGGAUCAGUUCUUUGACUCGAGCGACGUCUGGCAGCAGAACGGUGGAAACAACAACGACGUCAGAAACUACAUGCCACAACUCCUACCAAGACACCACCAGCUGACCGGAGGAGAAGUUAUCACCGCCGGCAACGAUAUGACCGGAAUGAAUUUAAGUACAUACAUUGCAAAACUAGAGGAACUCGUAAAGAGUCAACAAGAAGAGGAGCUGCGAUCAAGAGAGAAACAAAGAGAAUGGGAAAGCAAGGUUGCAGAACUCGAGAGCAGACUGCGAAACGUCAAGAACUCUUCAAACGCAACUCUAUGGUUCAAUGUUAUGGCAUUAUUAUUUUUCAUUGUAGGUUGGCCUAUCAUCUCAAGAAAAUUAUGGAAUAGAACGGUUUUUAAAAGUAAAACUAGAUUAGGAAUUGUAAUAAUGAAAUUUUUUUAUACAUCUCUAAUUGUAUUAUUAAUUGUACAAAUUUCUUUUGGAUCAGAUGAAUGUCAAACUUUUAUUGAAAAAGUAUUUGAUAAUUCAAUCGAUCUUUAUUGUACAAGUAUGUCAUUGGUUGGUUUUGAAAACCGUUUUGACAAUAUUGUAACAGCAAAAGGUAAUUUGUACUAUAACAAAUUAGUAGAUGGAUUGUCACAAAAAGAUAAAUUUCUCAAAAAAUUAUCAGAUGAAUCGGUUGCGUGUGAACCGUCUUUGUUGGUCCACCAACCAUUUUCAGUCAAAACAAUCCAAAAGAUAUCGAACUUUGCUAUUCUUAGAAACUCUAGUGUAUUACUUGACACAGAGAAUGUUCCAUUGCUUUGUAACUCUGAUGGUAGUUUUUCUUUUAAGACCUCAAUUGGAAAUUAUUUAAUUUCUAUUAAACAAACCAAAGGUCAAUGUGGAGAGACUUACUUUGCUUCUCAUUGUGGUGGAAAUACUGCAGAUCCAACACCUAUUAAAAAGUCAGAGGGUUUGAAGGUGAGUGCCGCUAUGGUUGAGAAGUGGAAUGAAACAAACAAUCUCUAUCAAUAUGAAGGAAUGAUUUUAAAUGACAACACCUACCCUGUUGGCGAUGUACAAAUUUCAACAAAGAACUUCCUUCCACUCUCUGUUUGGGGAUUGGAUCUCACUAAAGAAUCUAUUCUUAGAAUGCCACUGUACAAGAGUAUUUUACUUCCAGGUGAGAAGUUCAUUUUUGGAUUUGUACUCGACGAUCCACAUUUCAAAUUGGACAUCUAUAAUUACCAAGAUCUCUCUUAA